CACAAACAAACAAAACAUGCCAUUCAUUCAUUCUUUUCACUGCUCAAUUGCACUCGCAGAUAUGAAGCGCGAUCCAGAAACCGGUGCACGACUUCCGCAUUUCAUCGGGAAACAUGUCGAAGAGGGAGUAGGGGCCUAUGGACCCUUUGGAUUCCUGAAUCCGACAGCCAGGAGAUCUAGAUUCUCGCUGAGUUUGAAGGGGAAAGAGGAGAGUGAGGAGGAAGGCAAGGAGAAAUUGGCCGAGAAGAAACGGGAUGAGGUGAGAGCGGAGGAUGUACAGAGAUUAUAUCGCACGAGGGAUAACAGGAAAGGCCGCCACGCCAUCCUCGUAACUCCCGAACUCGACUCCAACGCCCGCUACCUCACGCCCCCCUCCACCUCCACCGUGGUCGCAACCCUCCAAGGCAUCCUCCGCAUGUUCACCACGCACCCCAUCUGGGACGUCUCCUACCUCGUGGCCUUCAUCUUCACGCUCGGCUCCGUCGUCUGGGUCAUCAACUCGUUCUUCGUCUGGCUGCCGCUGCAGGUCCCGUCUUCCGAGUUCAGCGGCGAGAUCGCGGAUGCGGGUGGCAUAACGGCUUUUAUCGGCGCGACGAUUUUUGAGAUCGGGAGUAUAUUGUUGAUGUUAGAGGCUGUGAAUGAGGAGAGGGCGGGCUGCUUUGGGUGGGCGGUUGAGGAGGUGGUGGAGAAGGGGGAGAGGUUGGUUAGGGUUAAGCCCGAUGGGUGUAGGCAUCAUCAUCGGAAUAAGGGGAAUUUGGUGGGGAAGAGUAGGGUGGAUGUAAAUGAGAAGGAUGAACAUCAGCCGACGGAUAGGGAUGAGAGGCAGUGGACUUGGUGGCCUACUUGGUAUGAGUUGAGGACUCAUUAUUUCAAGGAGGUGGGAUUUUUGGCGUGCCUGUCGCAGAUGAUUGGAGCUACUGUUUUUUGGAUAUCAGGCUUCACAGCCCUCCCUCCAAUCUACAACCGCCUCACCUCAACCGCCGCCCAGAAUGGCGCAUACUGGCUUCCCCAAGUAAUUGGCGGAACAGGUUUUAUCAUCUCCGGAACACUCUUCAUGAUUGAAACACAGCAGAAAUGGUACCUCCCCGCGCUGAAAGUGCUUGGGUGGCAUAUUGGGGCUUGGAAUUUAGUUGGUGGAAUCGGCUUCACCCUCUGCGGGGCCCUCGGCUUCGCGGCCGCGAACAGUGGAUGCGUGUAUCAGGGCUCAUUGGCUACGUUCUGGGGUAGUUGGUGUUUCUUGAUCGGGAGCGUGAUUCAGUGGUAUGAGAGUUUGGAUAAACAUCCUGUGGAUGUGGAGGAGGAUGGUGGGAGGGUAUCGGACACGAAGCCUGUUGCUUGAUGGGAUCUUUCUAUUUAUUUUUUGCAUGUAAUAGGUUGGGGUGGGGUACAAAAGUGAGCGUUGCAUUUGGUGGUUGGGUUUGCAUAAAAUACCUGGGUAUCUAUCUAUCAUCUCGGGAAAAUGGGACAGGAUCGGUUGCAUUAAUUUAUGUCUUGUAAAAAGCUUUAUAUCAAAAGCAUACAAUGUUAAGUUUGGGAC